AUGUCUUCCUCGCAGCAUACCUCUCCAAACUCGCCAUCGACUUCUUCCUCUCGACCGUCACCGGUUACAGCAAGUUCGACUGGAGUCCAGCUCGUUCAUGACGCCGCUUUCCUCAUACAGACUUAUAUCCCAGCACCAUCAGACGCAGAAGCCCCGCCGUAUCGACGGGAUGACAUUCCGCAACUUUUGCCUUUGUGCAUUCCUCGAAUCAGCGUCAACGCCAAUCCAGCAUCGGCUUUCGCUCGAGGAUACAAUCCUGCCUUAGACACGGUAGGAAUCACGCAGGAGAUGUUUCUCUCGUUCCUCGAUGGCUUAAAUUUGGCGAUUGUCGCAAGUCCUCCUUUAAGGAUUGUGAAUGUUGUAGGUCAACUGGUCGGUUUUGUCCCAAAUCAUUGGACACAACUUGCUAGUAUCAUUGUUACUACCUCUGCUCAAGUUGGGAUGCGAGUGCUUUCCAAGACACUCACAGAUCGCUAUCUCCGAGCUGCUAACUUGAACGUUUUUAAACCUCGGGGACUCUCUGUUCGUCUUUGCACUACUCCUGCCAUGCUCCGCCUCGUUGCCCCUCCAGGAUCUCAUACUACCGAUGAUGUAAGUAAAACCAGAGCAACGAUAAACAAAAUUGGUCGUGGUGUGGGGACAGUUUUCCUCAAGGUUCCUCUCCCUAUCAUCGGUCCUAUCGCCGCACGUGUCAUUCAUUCUCUCGCUGAUCAGCCUCCGCCCAUCCCUCCAACUGGCUACCCCGGUGACCCUGUCAAUGCCCCGGUCCUCAUGCGUCGCCUUGCUCUUCUUGAACACACAUUCCCGGGCGCCACUCUUCCUGUUCUGACACAAGGUUUACCACCGCCUGCGAAGGCCAACGGUGUUAUGGAGAUGAUAAACUCGUGGGGCCUCAAGUUUGAUGAGAAGCGCGAGAACAAAGCGGAGAGGAAGAACGAGGAACGAAGAAGGGCUUGGGCCCAGAUUCAGGCUGCGGGUGUUGCGAAUGGGGGUUAUCCGUAUGGAGUAGGAUACCAAGCUAUCCCGCGUAAUCCGAGCCCGGUCGCGAUGCCCACUCCGAUGAUCGGUGGAGCUGCUAUGGGUAUGAGUUACGGAGGUAGUGAUGUAGGGUACAUGGACUAUCGGGACGCACGUCGGGCAGGACGUCGGGCAGCUAAAGCGGAACGUAAAGCUUAUCGAAGGAUGCAGAAAAGUCAGCGGAAGGGUCUUUUGAGUGGAAUGAGUAAAGCAGAGCGUCGUGCUACUGCUGCGGACCUUUUAGAACACUGGGCCACCAACAGAGUUUUAUGGGUGGUGGUUAUGCCAGCUGAAAAAGACGAAGCGAUUGCCGACAUUGAAAUUGCAGAAGACCUUGCAAAUGAAGAGCAAGUUGACGAAGAGACUUGGAAGCUGGCAAUGAGGCUGGAGAAAGAUCAAAUGGAGGAUGAAAUCGAAAGUGAAGAAGAGUGGGAAGAAGAACUAGCCAAUGAAACCCAACAUGCUUCGACGUCUCAUCUUUCUCCUCCGAAGUCAGCAUGA